UUUCUCUUUCUUUCCUUUUAUUUCUGGUAGUAAAGGGAGAUUGGAUUGAUUAUUCUCAGAACAAAGUGCCGGAAUUGAUGCACAGAUCAGUAGUGUCCUUGUUGCAGUGGCUGUCACACGAACUUUUGGAGAUCUCUGGAGAAAACAGAAAGAAACUGAAACGGCAUGAAUAAAUUAAUCCAGCCAGAUUCCCCAUGGCUUCUCGGGAGACCCUAUUGCUCUGAUUAAAGAAUUUCGCCAUCCCUGGAGAAAACAAUUUUGGUGACCAGUGCCUGUCCAACACACUUUUGGUUACUUGCUUUGUCUUUGUUUCUCACUUUUUAGCUUUCAACACGUAACUGCAAAAGUCCCAGAAAAGCUGAUCUAUCCACAUUGAUCAUCUCUGAAGAGUUGCAGACCCACUGAGUACUAAAGCAAAACUUUCUUCUAUGUGAGCCAAAAAUAAAGAAAAGAAAAAAACAGCUUGCCAAACACCUGUAAAGUGACGGCUAUCAUCAUAUGGGAAUUUGAAGGAUUGCUAUAUGACACAUUCAUGAUCCAAAUGGGAGAGGAUCAAUUGUCUUGAUUUCCCAUAAGGCCUUUUAACAGUGUAAAAAAGAGGGGGAAAUUAUAACGGCUUGUCAUCUGUGCUUGCACAGUAGACUUCCAUUUAAUUACUGUAGACAAAUUCAAAGCAAACACACAGAUAGUUCUUUGAAAAUCAUAUGUAGAGGCUCAGAUCAAUGCAGCAAAAACGUUAUUUUACACUGUUUCUCCAACCCAUGGAUGAUCUGUCUCUGAGAAAGAGCAGGAGUUGAUUGUAAAUUUAGAUUUUGAGCCACCAUUUGGCAAAGAUAGUUUCUCUAGAAAGAAACAUGCCUGCUAAUGACACAUGUGCUGGGCCAGAUGGAGACAAUACAGAUUUUCGAUACUUUAUCUACGCAGUGACAUACACUGUCAUUCUUGUGCCAGGUCUCAUAGGGAACAUAUUAGCCUUAUGGGUGUUUUAUGGCUAUAUGAAAGAAACCAAGCGGGCUGUGAUAUUCAUGAUAAACUUAGCCAUUGCUGACUUACUACAAGUUCUCUCCCUACCACUGCGGAUCUUUUACUACUUGAAUCAUGACUGGCCUUUUGGGACUGGCCUCUGCAUGUUCUGUUUUUACCUGAAGUAUGUCAACAUGUAUGCAAGCAUCUAUUUUUUGGUCUGCAUCAGUGUGCGACGAUUUUGGUUUCUCAUGUACCCCUUUCGCUUUCAUGACUGCAAACAGAAAUAUGACCUAUACAUCAGCAUUGCUGGGUGGCUGAUCAUCUGCCUUGCCUGUCUGCUCUUUCCUCUCCUCAGAACCAGUGAUGACACUCCAGGCAACAAAACUAAAUGCUUUGUGGAUCUUCCUAUGAGGAAUGUCAAUCUGGCCCAGUCCAUUGCCAUGAUGACCAUUGGCGAGUUAAUUGGGUUUGUCACUCCUCUUCUGAUUGUUCUGUAUUGUACCUGGAAGGCUGUUUUAUCACUGCAAGAUAAAUAUUCUGUGGCCCAAGACCUUGGAGAGAAAAAGAAAGCCUUGAAGAUGAUUCUCACCUGUGCGGGAGUAUUCCUAAUUUGCUUUGCACCUUAUCACUUCAGUUUUCCUUUAGAUUUCCUGGUCAAGUCUGACAAAAUUAAAAGCUGCCUAGCCAGAAGGGUGAUUCUGAUAUUUCAUUCUGUUGCUCUGUGUCUUGCUAGUCUCAAUUCCUGCCUUGACCCAGUUAUAUACUACUUCACCACUAAUGAGUUCAGAAGACGGCUUUCAAGACAAGAUUUACAUGAUAGCAUCCAACUUCAUGUGAAAUCCUUUGUGAGCAACCAUAUUACUUCUACCCUGACAGAUGAAUUAUGCUAAAUUAAAAAAAAAAAAACCUGACUGUGGCCUGAAAUAUAUCAGAACACAUUUGCAGUACCCCAAGCUACUGGGAAGUAAUCACAGAAAGCACUCACAGCUUUUCAGUUAUGCUUUAUCUUACCUAUAUGAGGAAUUCACAUCUUCAUAACAGAAUCUAUUUAGAAAAUUAUACUCCACCAUCAUUGAUGUUGACAUAUCCAUGUAGUAAUAUGUUAUCAAGUCUUUAAGACUUGAACUAUAAAAUUUCAGACAUCUUAUACAUGUAUUCUCUCAACUAGAAUCAGUAGUUUUACCUUUGAACCUAAGACAUAAAGAGACGUUCAGCUUGGGGGUCAUCAUAAGCACUUCAUUUUGUUACAAUGGACACUGAGUAUUUAGAGGCAAUGUAGCUUAAUAUUUAUACUGGUAGUCACAAUUUAUAUUCUAAUAUCAUAUUUUUGUUUUGUUUUAAGUAGGAUGGACAAUAUAUUAUUCUGUGAGAAUAAAGUGUUUAUAAACAUGGGAUCAUUUUUAUCUCCCAUGUGUGAUUAUACUCUAGGGUUUGAAGACUGGAAUAGCUAUUUCCCUCAUUUCAGUGUCAUUAUGAAACAUCAUCUGUUACACCUAUUCAUAGAACAAAAAUAUGAACUUAGGCCUUCAGUAUGUUAAAAGUGAGAACAAGAAGCAGAUUCACAUAUAAUAACUUUCUAUGACUGUAUAAGUUGCCAUAUUGAAUCUACCCAAGGCAGAUAGCUUGUCAAAGUCCAUACAAUGUGGCCCAAAUUGCCUCUAUAGGUCCAGGAGAUACCACAUAGGUAAAAAUUACAGUUCUGUUUCUCUUAAACUAUUUCCAAAGAACACAUUUGGAGAUGUAUGGACCUGUCUAGUAAAGGGAGUUUCCACAAUGCUUCCAGAGUGAAUUUGAGGUACUCUGACAGGUUAUUGCAUUUUCUGAGUCUAUGGAAGAAGUAGUACAUUAAUUAAU